GUGGCUCCAGGACCGGGACGGGACUGGGAUUCAGGCUGAGGGAAAACGGGCGGCGGGGUCCCGGCACCUUCCUGCGGACUGCACUAACCCGGGGGUCGGGAUAGUCUGGCUCCGGGGACAAUGCGAGUUGCAGGCCCUACCCUUGACCUGAUUCCAAGACUUCCCUCCCUGCUGCAUCCUCAAUGUGUUGCCAUCACCUCCACCAACAGGAGAGAAUCCAGCCAUCGCCCCUUGAUGUUCAAUGGCAUUACCAUCACUGAAUUCCCCACUAUCAACAUCCUGGGGGUUACCUUUGACCAGAAACUGAACUGGACCAGCCAUAUAAAUACUGUGGUUACAAGAGCAGAUCAGAAGCUGGGAAUUCUGCGGCUCUGACUUUUUUGAACCUUGUUGGUAUCUUGCACUGUGGCCCUGGUCCUCCUCUAUUUUAACUCCAUGUAUUCUGCUGUGAGCUUUAAUGAUGCCAAUAAGGUCAAUGUUGGGGCCCCGGUGAAAUAUUGAGAGCAUAUUUGGGCAGCCUACCUUCAGAAGAGCACUGAAAUGCAACAGAGAUAAACCUCACACAUUACGUUCGGAAUGGAUCUUCUUCGAGCUGAGCUUGUUUUUGGAGAAAAGAAGAUUGCAAUGGAAGGUUGAAGUGCUGAGAGGAGUGGAGAAUGUAAUGUGAGCAGGGAUUACACUCUGAGGGCAUGGGUGUAACAUUGACCAGCUUCAGCCAAGAUUGAAAACUGUAAUUCUUCCCUGGUGAACAGGUGGACUCAGCAGGUCAAACAGGUUCUUGGAGAGAGGCAGUGCUGGAAUAAAACUUGGAACAAUGCCAGAUUCACCAGCUGAUGUUAGAGCCCAGUCCCGAUCAACCCCCCCACCGAUGCCACUGCCACCUCCCACCAUCACACAGGGACCUGCUCGAAACGCUUCCUUCACUCCGGCAACCACAGAGAUGAAUGGGAAUAGUCACUCACUGACUGCAAUCAGCAGAGCUUCAUCCACCCCCAACGGGUUCAGCAAUGGUCCUGCCACCUCAACCACCGCCUCUCUCACUAAUCAACAAUUACCUCCUGCCUGUGGAGCCAGACAACUUUGCAAACUGAAGCGUUUCUUGACCGCAUUGCAGCAGUUCGCCAAUGAUCUAUCUCCAGAAAUCGGAGAGCGUGUGAGGAGCUUGGUGUUGGGACUUGUGAAUUCCACCUGGACCAUUGAGGAUUUUCAUUCAAAGCUGCAGGAAGCAACAAACUUCCCCCUGAGACCUUUUGUAAUUCCUUUCUUGAAGGCCAAUCUGCCACUGUUACAACGGGAACUUCUCUACUGUGCUCGGCUUGCAAAGCAAACACCAGCUCAGUACUUGGCCCAGCAUGAACAGUUGCUUCUCGAUGCUAAUUGCACCUCAUCCAUUGACUCCUCAGAAAUCCUGCUGGAAGUGAAUGAAAAUGGUAAACGAAAGACCCCUGACAGGACCAAAGAGAAUGGGUUAACUUCUGACCCGCUACACGCAGAACACCUCAGUAAAAGGCCAUUUACACUCAGUCCCGGGCAAUGUUUCAGUCCAAGCAAUGGGCUAAAUCACCAACCCAAUGGACUGCCACACCAGGCACCACCACCACCACAGCACUACCGGCUGGAGGACAUGGCUGUGGCCCACCACUACAGGGACGCUUACAGGCAUCUGGAACACAGGGACCUCAGGGAUCGACACGGGCCUGCAGCUCCAGGAGUACAUGGAUCCCGACAAGAAGCAGUAAUUGAUCAUCGCUUGACGGACAGGGAGUGGGCUGAGGAAUGGAAGCACCUGGAUAAUCUCCUGAACUGUAUAAUGGAUAUGGUGGAGAAGACUCGGCGUUCACUAACUGUGCUGCGCCGUUGCCAGGAAGCUGACCGGAACGAACUUAAUCAUUGGAUCCGUCGCUAUAGUGACACUGAUGAUAUUGGAAAAGGCGGGAAUUCAAUGCAGCCUCCUCAGAACUCCUCCAGCCUAGAAGGUCCGCAAUUAGAAAUAGAUGGAGCAAUACUGCAAAGACAGGGUUACACACGGGAAGAGAUCUGGAAAAAAGCCGAAGAAGCGGUGAAUGAGGUGAAGCGACAGGCCAUGAUGGAGCUAAAGAAAGCAGUACUGGAAGCAGAAUGCAAGGCCCAUGAGAUGAUCACAGCCGAACGAGCAAAGAUGGAACGUGCACUGUCUGAGGCGAAGAGGCAAGCAUCUGAGGAUGCCCGGUCCACCAUCAACAAACAGGAGGACUCCAAUGAGGCCUCCCGCAUCCACACAGCCUCCUGGAGCCGGGAGGAUGAGGCGGACGGGCCUGCAGAUAUAACCACCAUGGCCAGGGCCACUCCGUGUUCAUCCGACAGGAGACGCACUCCCGGUGGGGCCAGGCAGAUGGCCUCGGUUACUCCUCCCUCGGAGAGCUGUUGGAAUUGCGGUCGGAAGGCAAGUGAAACCUGCAGUGGCUGCAACACGGCACGUUACUGCGGCUCCUUCUGUCAGCACAAGGACUGGGAGAAGCAUCACCAUGUUUGUAGACAAAAUUUUCAGGGCCUGCAAGUUUCUAGCAUUGCCACCAAUUCCAGCUCUGGCAGCCAGAACACUGCCACCAGCUCCCUCUCUGGCAGCCAGAACACUGCCACCAGCUCCCUCUCUGGCAGCCAGAACACUGCCACCAGCUCCCUCUCCGGCAGCCAGAACACUGCCACCAGCUCCCUCUCCGGCAGCUCCAGCAGCCAGGCCCAGCCAGAUGCCAUUGCCAGCAGUGGGGCUCAAAGCCCCAGAGACACUGGAUCUACAACUGCCUCCUCCUCUGUCACUCCCCCCACCCCAAUCCCAGUCGAAACUGCCACUCACUAACCUACAACACAACUUUACAGCUACCUGAAGACUUCAUUGAACUUUGACCUCUGAAUGACCUCUUGUCCCUUGUUAAUCCUCAGCAUUUCUGUAACCUCAUUUGUUCCAGACGAGAGAAAGAAAUCCACCUGCUUUUUUAUUCAUUUUUUUUGGUUAUUUACCAAACGUUCCCUCUUCUACAGUGUCACAGCUUCUGUAUGUUAUCUGGAGCUUUAUAUCUCUGGGUGAUGCCCUGUGAUGCCUCUGGGUUGGACUGGAAACUCUGCAGAAAUAACUUCAACUUCAGCAAGAACCGAAACUCAGUUAGACUGAGGAAAGCUUCUAAUCUGGAUAAUACUUGUUUGCUGUUUUAAAAAUUCCAAAAAUAAUCACUUGGGCACACUCUACCCUCCCUCUCGGGCACUCGGACCCUCCCUCUCGGGCACUCAGACCCUCCCUCUCGGGCACUCAGAUCCUCUUUCUCUCGGGCACUCAGAUCCUCUCUCUCGGGCACUCAGAUCCUCUCUCUCGGGCACUGGGACCCUCUCUCUCGGGCACUCAGAUCCUCUCUCGGGCACUCAGAUCCUCUCUUGGGCACUCAGAUCUUCUCUCUCUCGGGCACUCAGAUCUUCUCUCUCUCGGGCACUCGGACCCUCUAUCGGGCACUCAGAUCUUCUCUCUCGGGCACUCAGAUCUUCUCUCUCUCGGGCACUCAGAUCUUCUCUCUCUCGGGCACUCAGAUCUUCUCUCUCUCGGGCACUCAGAUCUUCUCUCUCUUG